CCUUUGCCCCUGUGUGCAGGAUACGCGGACUGUAUCCGGUGUUUCUACUGCGGAGUUGGUCUGAAAUCCUGGGAACCUGCUGAUGACGUCACACAAGAGCAUAUCCGGUGGCGACCAAGUUGUGGAUUUAUUUUGGCAACAAGGGGCAGACGAUUUGUAGAGACUGUGCUUACACACAUGCAGAUAAAAAACGAUGAAACCAAGGAUGAUGACAGCGAGAAAAGUUCAGGGUCAGGACAGGGGUCAAGGAUGACCUGUUCUUCCCGGACUGAAAGAAAUUCUAGAGGUUCUAGUUACAUCUCUGUCGACAUCGUAAGCAGCGAACCAAGAGAUCUGACAUCCGAGGUCAUGAAUCAAGUGCAGGAAAUGAGUCUUCUACCUGAGCUGGUCUCACGUGGUUUUCAGGAUGUCAAAGCUACAGGUUGCCAGGAGACGCAUGUUAGUGCAUCUGUCGAGAGGAUUGUUGAAAAGCUGCAGGUCCCUGACUCUAGAAGGACAACUGACGAGUCAACAGAACUCCAAACUGACGGUGCCACAACCACGGAAACGGAAGCCAGACUCCAGCAGCUUAGGCAAGAGAAUGCCAAGCUGAAAGCCCGGAGAACAUGUCGUACGUGCACUGUCGCCGUGGUGGGCAUGAUUUUCCUCCCUUGCGGUCACGUGGUUAACUGUAGCCAAUGCGGAAGCAAGGCCCGCCAUUGCUGCCUGUGCAGCGAAGUCAUUCGUGCCACCGCAAAUGUUUUUCUAAUCUGACUGAACUUUCAUACAGAGACCUUCUAGCUGCAAAGGACAGGAAGAUCACAACGAAAAAUGUAAUGAAACACUUUCCUGCUUCUUUCGAAAAUGUCAUUCACUCCAAUCCGUGAGAAAGCAAUGACAAUCAAAAUAUCAAAUUACUGUUGAGCUAACGAGUUGAAAGAUGAAGUUGUUUGAAAUCUCGUGCGGUUACUAGCAGGCAAAAACGAUGGGAUCGAAUAAAAAGAUUCCCCAGGUACGUUUCGAAGAGGACAAGACAGUAAUCGCUUGUUACGAGCCCCAACCCGAGAAGACAGUGAAACGUGACAAGGCAGCACGUGACCUAUCUCAAAUUACUGAGUAAUGCUCACGUCUGUUUCUUCGACUUUCGUGUGGACUAGUCUUUUUAGAAAAAAGUCGUUUAGAAUCAGCUUACAACUACGAGUAGUUCCCUGCUUUUUAACUAAAAGUUAAGGCCUUAUCUAGACAACAGACGUUAAUUUAUAUACAGAGCACAUUUUACUGGAGGAAUACGUCUAGUUUUCUCUUAAAAAUCAUUUUUGUUCACGGUAAUCAAAAUGUGUCUACAAACCAGUUUUCGACUGUGAAAAUAGAAAAACAGCUUUGUGCCUUACC